UGGGCGGGGUUUGGGCUCGAGGUUCAAUCAAACACCUGCGGAGGAGGAAGAAGCGGACAAAAUAAACUGACACCAACUCAACUGCAACAUGGGGAUAUCUGUAUCUUUUUUGUUUUUAGCUUUGGGAUUAAUACAUCCUAUCCAUAUGUCGUUUCCUGUCCUUCCUGGAGAUUUGGAGGGAUCAGGAUAUGACCUGGACAUUUCUGGCUCUGGGGAUUGGUCUCAACAAGGUGAAAUGGAAAACUUUGAGUAUAACCCCAACAGCGAAGAUGUCCGAACGUUUGCAGCAAACGCAGGAGGUGGAACCAAGAAUACCCUCCAUGAUUCUUCAGUCCUGGAAUUUGACGAUGCACACAAAGACAGCGGAUCAGGAUUUGUUAUUUUGGCAAACAGCAAGAGUUUCUUAGAGAACAAAGAAGUUUUUACCGCUGUUAUUGCAGGAGGAGUAACAGGAGUGGCACUUGCAGCUGCACUGGCAGCACUAUUAAUCUACAAAUGGCAGAAGAAAGAUAAUGGAGGAUAUAUUCUGGGCCAGCAGAGGGCUUCAGAUGAAGAUUAUCACAGACCAGACAGGGAACAAGUUGUUGUUUAACUUAAAACUUUCACAUUAAUGUUUUUGAUUCUCAAUGUAGGGUCCAGGGACCCCCAAAAGUCUGUGGCACCCCGCCAGGGCGUCUUUGGAAAAGUUUUCAAAUUCUUUCAUAUAAAUUAUCAUGAUAUUAGUCUGGAUCGACGACCGUUCCGCUGGAUGUGCCUCACCUUCUGUUUUCUUUGUGUUUACGUUCUAAACUCCGGUCACUUUAAGAAACAGCAACCAGAACGUACAGUACAUCGGAGCUAGCAAACUAACAUGACACGCUGAAAAGGUUUUGAAGACGAUCUAAAUCGUGCAACGCACCAGACGGCAUUUACUCUCUAACUGGGAUGUUUUGGGACCGAUUGGCGGAGAUUUACAAAAUACACACGGCGAUACACUGGUAAGAGAAAAUAACAUUCAACCAUGUAUCCGGCUAUUUAAUGGCUCACGUUACUGUACUGUGUGAACAGUUAACUUCAUUUAAUAUUGCAUGUAGCGUUUUCUUUAGCGGGGUGCAAAUGUUCCGCCAAAACAAGGUCCUUCCAGAGACCAUUUUGCAGAGCCACCGUCUCUCCGUGUGGAUCUCAUUGCGCCCAAGACUAUUGUGAUUGGUUUAAAGAAGUGCAAAAAACCCCGACCGUUGUUUCUCCUAUCCAGCAGUUUAUUUUUUUACAAAAGGCUUCAUAGUUCAACAAAUAUUAAUUUAAUUUUUAAAUUUAUAAUAACUACUAAAAAAAUUACAUUUUAAUCAAACAAACCUGUGACUCUUGUGUAAAUAUGUCAAAUAAUAUACUUCCAUUUUGUUGUUCUUUUGCAUAACUGAGACUAUAGAAUUGUAAAAAAUAGUCUACAUUGAAUCAGCUCAAGGGACAUACACAUGGGGGUCCCCGGUAUAGUUUCUAUCUUGUAAGG